GAGCAGGUAAGGGCCCCCGAGGGGCCAGGGGGCGUCUUCAUUUUAGCGUUCGCACGCAGCCUCCAUGAGGAGAAUGGGAAGGGUUUCUCAUAAAACCAUGUGUGGCGUAGAGAUGUGGAGGCUAAGCCCCCAGCUCUCAGCUCCUUCCCAGAGGGACACUCCUUCCAGAACUUCCCCUCUGUGUUUCAGCACCACUCAGGGCACGCGCGCCUGUGAAGCUGGUUCAGAGGCACGCGUGACCUUCUACACACAACGCCGCAGCUCGUUUGCUCUCUCUCGUUCUGUGUCGGGGACAGCCCUCCGGUGGCAGCGUGGGUGUCCCCGCUGCUGUCUGAGUGGCCGCAGGGCCUGGCCAUGUAGCCUUGAGCGGUGCUCUCACGUCCCGGAGGAGCGUUCAGGGGACCCAGCCGGCACCGCAGGCAAGCAGCCGCGGGCAGGGGGCUGCGGUCCGGGCCGGAGAGCUCUCUGGGGGCAGGGAGGGCGCGCAGGGCCCGGUUGGCUGCGCGUUGCUUCCAGGAGUGUCCCGGUUUCUCUGAGGCUCUGGGACUGUUUGCUGAGCGCCCCGCUGUCCAUCAGCUCCCCCUUGGCCCCUCAACCACAGAGGACGCUGGGUUUCCAGGCUUUACGGGACUUGGGUAGCUGAUGCAUUUUGACUUUUUUGUAGCUUCCGGAGAACCGAGCCAGGUGCUUCCCUUGUCUUUCCUUCGCUCAGGACUCCCACACGUGCCUCUGGCUCCGUUCACCAGACCAGGGGCCCCAGAUAGUUCCGAGUCCCGCCUGUCCAAGCCCACGAGUCUGUUCUCCGGGGACCUCAGUUGUGGGGCCCACACUGCGAUGCCCAGGCUAACAUUGAAAAGGCCUCCCCUGCCUGGUCCUUCCGUGCCGGGCCUGACCGCUGUCGCCACUCCUGCCGCUUGGCCCAGGCCUCUGCUCCCUGCCAGGGCUGGGUGGGUUGUUUGAAGCACACACGGGGCCAUGGCCCUGACUUGGUUCCCAUGCCACCCACUCCCCACCAUGGUACCCAAAGGCCCCGGCUGAGGCCUGGCCCCACUUCCCUCACCAAACUCCCCACCACCACCCCACCUGCCGCCCUCUCCCAUCCAGACCAGGCUGGCACCAGCCCUGCUGGACGCCGAGCCAGCGGAAGGUGGGAUAGUCACUGCGCUGGUGUCCAUAACAGACGACCCCAAACCAGAAGCCCUGAAACAACAGGACUGUAUUCUCUCCCAGUUCUGGAGACCUAAGGUCAGAAAUCACGGUGUCGCAGGGCUGCGCUCCUUCUGGAGGCUGCAGGGGAGGUCCUUCCCGCCUCUUCCAGUGCCUGGUGGCCCCGGGGUCCCACCGGCCUCUGCCUUCAUCCAGGUGCUCUGCAAAGGUCUGCGUCUCUCCUCCCACGAGGGCGCUGGUCGUUGGACCUAGCGCCCACCCAAAAUCCCGGACGCUGUCACGUUGCCAUCCUUAACUAAUCACAUUGCAAAGCCCCCAUGGCCACAGAAGGUCCCCUGCGUGGGUUCUGAGGGUCAGGAGGCAAAGGAAGCUGGUGGCUCCCCAGCUGAGUCGGACGGAAGCGGUUCGUCCGCUGCGGGGUCCGGCAGACAGCAAGCCGCUGUGCACCUGCGCGUGACCCCGCGUGGGCGGCGCGUGGCUACCGCUCGUUCCAUAAGAUGGGAGUCGCGUCUCCCUCUCUUCGGACGAGUAGCAAACCCCAGGUUGAUGGGGCUCCCUCAGCCCAGUUCUGCCCCCCGAAGAGCCUGUCUGCACCCCUCGGGGUGCUCUGGGGCGGGAGCGAGCGCGCGGCCUCUGCCACGACCCGUCUGCGGCCGUGCUCGCGUCUGUCGCAUCUGCCGCGGGAGGGGGGAAGCAGACCGCAGCUGUGCGGCAGAAACACGCCAUUUAAGGACCCUGAGAUUUGGAUUUCAUGCUGUUUUCCCAUGUCACAAAACACUGGUUUUCUACCCCCAACCAUGUGCAAGCGUGGAAAUGGUUCUUAGCCCACGGACUGUCCACGAGCAGGCGGGACCCAGCCAAGGUCAGCGCGGAGGCCCCUGUGCUUAGGAGGGCCAGCUGCUGUGGACGGCGCGGGGCGCACAGGCCACAGGCACAGCCCGGGCACCGUGUCCGACCCGGGGCCUGGGAGGGGGUCUCGAGAGGACAUCACGCCCUCAGGCGCGGGCAUGGGGGUUCAUGGAGGGCCCCCGAGGCCAGCAGGGGCUCUCCCCCAGCCGGACUGCGGCGUGUGACCCGCUCAGCCUGUCAGGGUUCUCAGCGUGGGGCUGAGCCUGCGGGGGCCUCCCUCUGGACACGAUCGGGUGCGUGUCCUGCGGGGCCCGGGGAGGAUGUGGGACUUGCUCGUCUGAGUUCCUGAGAACCGCCUUCUGCUGUCAGCGCUCAGCCGAGGCUCACAAGCCUUGCUCAUGAUUUCACCUCCUUCAAAGGAACGGGUUCCUAUUUGCAAGACUGAGGUGUGAGGUGUUCUUGGCAAGUUGGGUGAAGAGUCGUCAGAGGCUUGGAGAGUGCUUGGGGUGUCUUAACGUGGGGCUGGUUUCUCAAGGAUGCUGUGGAACGAGCCGUCUGUCAUGAAGCCUGGUAACCCGAGGUGGCGGGGCCGGGCCAAACGCCCACAGGCGAGAGGUUCUCCCGCGUGCCGGAAGGUGGAGGCCGGCAGGGAGGCCUGUGCGGGGCAGCGUGGAGGUGUGCAGUGCGGGGAGAAGGGCAGAAGCCAGGCGCAAACAGCCGCACCCGGUGGUCCAUCCCAGUGUUUGGGCCCACACCCUCUGAACACUGCCCCCCAUCUUCCCACACCACAGUGCCCGGCUGCCAGGCCUUGGCACAGAGCCCCUUUGGCCUCCCCCCGCCCCUACAGACGGGCCUGGGACAGCCCUGGCUGCUGGGAAGCAAGGGGGGCCGCAGAAGGAAAACCAGCCGCCCCGGACGCUGGAAAGAGCCAUCAUUUGCACGCGGACAUCAGGGUGAUGGCUGACAGCGAGGGAUGUUCUCGUGGACUGAUCAGGCCGCCAGCCCAUCUUGGGGUCACUGGAGUAGGGAUAGGACCCAUGGAACCUAUUGGGGUACAUCUGCCAGGAAACGGGAGUGGGGUCUAAUCAGCCUGUGAUACGACCAACACUAAGGAGACGAUGAAGCUACCCUCUGGGCACGCAAGGGGACGGGUGGUCAGGGUGUGCACAGAUGGAUGCACUGGGGGGACGGGUGGUCAGGGUGUGCACAGAUGGAUGCACUGGGGGGACGGGUGGUGGGUGUGCACAGAUGGAUGCACUGGGGGGACGGGUGGUCAGGGUGUGCACAGAUGGAUGCACUGGGGGGACGGGUGGUCAGGGUGUGCACAGAUGGAUGCACUGGGGGGACGGGUGGUCAGGGUGUGCACAGAUGGAUGCACUGGGGGGACGGGUGGUCAGGGUGUGCACAGAUGGAUGCACUGGGGGGACGGGUGGUCAGGGUGUGCACAGAUGGAUGCACUGGGGGGACGGGUGGUCAGGGUGUGCACAGAUGGAUGCACUGGGGGGACGGGUGGUCAGGGUGUGCACAGAUGGAUGCACUGGGGGGACGGGUGGUCAGGGUGUGCACAGAUGGAUGCACUGGGGGGACGGGUGGUCAGGGUGUGCACAGAUGGAUGCACUGGGGGGACGGGUGGUCAGGGUGUGCACAGAUGGAUGCACUGGGGGGACGGGUGGUCAGGGUGUGCACAGAUGGAUGCACUGGGGGGACGGGUGGUCAGGGUGUGCACAGAUGGAUGCACUGGGGGGACGGGUGGUCAGGGUGUGCACAGAUGGAUGCACUGGGGGGACGGGUGGUCAGGAUGUGCACAGAUGGAUGGCUUAAAAGACCUAGGGGACAAAAUGACCAAACACAGGUAUGGCCAUUGCCUGGGUGCUGAUUCCGGGAGCAUCCUGACUCAUCUCAAGCUGGGUUGGAAGAAGGUUCUAGAAGGAGAGCUCCAAGCAAAAGGAAGACCACAGACUUUAGAGAAAGAGGCGGCCGCGUGUGGAGACCAUGCAAGAAGAGCUGGGGCAGGCAGGCUGGUGUCGCGCCCCAGCGCGGGUGACCGGGCCUGUGUGCACGUGCGGGGCUCACGCACCCGUGCGGGAGAGAGCAGCCACGAGGCCGCCGGCUGGACAAACGCAUGAGCGUGGGCUUAGGACCUGUUUUUGUGUGUCCGUUGGCCGAGAAUGGUUUUUUCAUGGUUGAGAAACAAGACGGUGCUACUGUUUCACGAUACGUGCAAAUUACACUACACUCAGACCCCACAGCCCCCAGAUGAAGCCGUUACCGCACAGGCUCGCCCUGCGGGCAGCUCUGCUUGGCUGCUGUCAGCAGCGCCCCAUGGGGCCGGUGGGGGCCAGGGCCGUGACCGCACGCGCGUGCUGUGGGACUCUUGAAAUGGUCUGUGACCAGCGGUUGUCAUGAGGGCGGACGUGCCCCCUGUAGUUUUCAGGGCCCCCGAGGCCACACUGAGAUGGAGGCGAGCCCCUGGCACCGGGCCGCUGCUGUGCAGGGCCGAGCCCUAAGGGCCUCGGGGGAAAGAGCCCAGAUGUCACCUUCAAGUCCUUCGUCUCAGGAGGUGACCGAAAAGUUGAACACGUGCUGGCGUUUGUAGAAUUGUGAACACGGCGGGUGUUCCAAAAGGACAGUGGACCAUCGCGCUGUGCCCCCUGCCCACCCGUGGGCUCUCGGGAAACCCCAGCUCUGGGAGAGCCUCCCAAACCUGGGCUUCCGCGCACUGCAGGGCCGGAGGCCACUGUGUGCCCCGAAGGCGUCCCUGAGCCCGGCCCCUCCCUGGCUCGGCCCUCUCUCCACAGGAGCUACCUGGAGGGGAGUCUCCUG